AUGGUGCGUCUCGCAACGUCCUUGCUGCUCGGCAGUGCUUUCUCUACCGUCUCUGCCUAUAUCCAAUACUCGACUGUGACCGGCUACUUCCUGCAAGACGACAAUGCGACCAAUGCUACCACAUUUGACUAUACCGCCACCAACUUCGGUCUCAUCAACCAGAGCUACCCAACCGACCCGUCCAACGCGGCAUCAUUGACCCAGUGGCAGAGAUUCGCCCUAGUCAUUGCCAAUCUCACCAAGUCCGCCCCCUCGAAUGUGCAGUAUAAACUGCUGUUCAUGGGCCGCCAUGGCGAAGGCUGGCACAACGCUGCCGAAUCUUACUAUGGCACUCCCGCCUGGAACUGCUACUGGUCCCUUCUCGAUGGCAAUGCCACGGCGACAUGGUCCGAUGCCCACUUGACCAACAAUGGAAUCGCCCAAGCGCUUGUCGCCAACAAGUUCUGGCUGUCCCGUAUUCAAGAACAGAAGAUCCCCACGCCGCAAAAGUACUACGUGUCGCCCUUAUACCGGUGCCUGUCGACCGCAAACCUGACAUUCUCGGGCCUCCCGUUGCCGCCAAACGAGCCGUUCAUCCCGACGGUCAAGGCCCUGCUCAGGGAGUCGAUCUCGGAGCAUACGUGCGACCGCCGCUCCAACAAGACGUUUAUCCACGCCCAGUUCCCCACGUACAAGUUCGAGCCCGGCUUCCCAGAGACCGAUCAGCUUUGGACCGGUGUCACGGCGGAGACCGACUUGGCUCAGGACGCAAGAUCAACGACGUUGCUCGACAACAUCUUCUCGACGGACAAGUCUACUUACUUGUCCUUCACCUCCCACUCUGGAGAGCUCGGCUCGAUCCUGAGAGUCCUCGGGCACCGAUCCUUUUCGCUCAACACAGGUGCGGUGAUUCCAGUGCUGGUGAAGGCCGAGACGAUUGCCGGGGUGAGCACGAUCUCGACGCAGGCUUGGACACCCAGCCCACACUGCACCGCGCCUCCCCUUACCAGCGUCAGCACUGGCGCGAAUGGAGGGUGUGUGUGUCCCAACAGUGCCGCGCCGGUGACGACGACGUUGCCCCCUUUUGCGGCGAGCACUUGA